AGCUUUUCUAUAACAAGCCGCCGGCGCUCUGCUCGCAAUUACCGCCACCGCUCUCACGCGCAAGCCCUAUGUCAGUUGGCUGCUGAACGCCUCUCCAUACACACAGGAAGGAGCAUUGACGCUGAGAACCGAAGAAUUUUUGUUAUAGAAAGCAAUGUCGAUGGUUACUAGAUCUAGACGCAUUUUCUCCAUUGUUCUGAAAAGCAACAAGAAUUGUCGCUUCAAUUCAAGUGUUACUGCAAAUGCUUCCAAAGAACCUAUCAUCUCUUCGUCUAUCCUCAGUGAUCAGUCUACAUCUUCAAUUCCACCUCCGCCUCCACCACCUACGCCUCCAAAAAGUGCACCAGCGGGCGGAGGAGGUGGGCAACCAUGGAGUUUCCUCAAGUAUACAUUAAUUGCAGCACUUACUGGAGGUGUUGUCACCGCUGGUGUUGCAACCCUGGCAUACACUUUAGAAGAUGUUGAUGAGAAGACAAGGGAUUUGCGUGCAUCAGCAAAAGUUUCUAUAGGCGAUGAUAUGUCUUCUUUUGAUAAAUUUCAAGCUAUGCUAAAAUCAGCUGCAAUGACAGUUCCUGCCAAGUUAGUCGAGCUUUAUUUGGAUCUGCGUGCAUCUACAGAAGAACAUGUUCGAGGUUUUACUGAACCUUCGUCAGAGAAGCUCCUUCCAGAUUUGCACCCACAGGAGCAGCACGUGUUCACUUUGGUUUUGGACUUAAACGAAACUCUAUUAUACUCUGAUUGGAAGCGUGAUCGAGGUUGGAGAACAUUUAAAAGACCAGGAGUUGAUGACUUUUUGGAGCACUUAGCUCAAUUUUAUGAAAUCAUAGUGUAUUCUGAUCAGCAGGCCAUGUAUGUUGAUCCUAUUGUUGAUAGAUUGGAUGGAAAGCACUGCAUAAGGUAUAGGCUAUCAAGGGCUGCAACUAGAUAUCAAGAUGGCAAGCAUUAUAGAGACUUGUCAAAGCUCAACAGAGAUCCCUCAAGGAUUCUGUAUGUGAGUGGUAAUGCUCUUGAGAGUUGUCUUCAGCCGGAGAACUGUGUACCAGUAAAACCAUGGAAAUGUGAAGCUGAUGACACAGCACUUGUGGAUCUUAUACCAUUUCUUGAAUAUGUUGCACGGCAUAGGCCUGCUGAUAUUCGACCUGUUUUAUCGUCAUAUCACGGACAUGAUAUAGCCAGAGAGUUUAUCGAACGUUCUAAAGAACAUCAGAGGAGAAUGCAGGAGCAGAAGCAACACGGGCGUUUGUGGCGACGCUGAUACAUGAGAAGAUGCAGAUGGCCUAAAUCUAUUGAAAAUGGUUUACUACUUCGACUUUUAUGAUAAAUGUUUUUUUGUUUUACUAUUAUCAUAUAAUAUACCAACCAAAGCAUUUAGUUAGUGGGAUUGGAUUGGACCAUCUCAUUCAUAUCUUGCCUGCCUGCCUGCCUGCCAUGACCAUUUUUGGAUUCCCCAAGUUCCUUGAGAAUAAAUUCUCGUACAUGGCUGCCUUCUAUUUUGCAUAUUCAAGUAGUUGGAGGUUU